ACCACCAUUGCCGGUCCCCUUCCCUCCCUUACGCCCGGCCUCGAACGCCGCCUUUCCAUUCCCUUCCUUUGCAGUCACGACUCCCUUCGUUUUCUACCAUGAUGCCGACCAUGCAAUCCCUCCUGCUCCCCGCACUCCUGGCGUCGAGCGCGCUCGCCGCAUCCGCAGAUGACUGGCGUCAGCGCACGAUCUACCAGCUCAUCACCGAUCGCUUUGCGCUCGAAGACGACUCCGGCGCGUCCUGCGAUACGGCGGACAGGAAAUACUGCGGCGGGACGUGGAAGGCGAUCCAAAACCACCUCGACUACAUCUCUGGCAUGGGAUUCAACGCCAUCUGGAUCUCCCCCGUCGUCAAGAACGUUGAGGGCGACCUCGGAUACGGCGAGGCAUACCACGGGUACUGGACGCAGGAUUUGGACUCGCUGAACGACAGGUUCGGGUCCGAAGACGACCUCAAGGCGCUAGUGUCGGCUGCGCACGACAAGGACAUCUAUGUCAUGGUUGACGUGGUGGUGAACCACUUCGCUGGCAGCGGCAAGAACUUUGACUACGACAACUUCUCGCCCGUCUCUGGCUCCUCUUCGUUUCACCCGCAAUGCUGGAUCAAGGACGAGGGCAAUCAGACGGAGGUCGAGCAGUGCUGGCUCGGCGACGAAACCCUUGCGCUCUAUGAUAUCAACACGGAGGACAACGCGAUCGCCAGUAAGCUCAACGACUUCGUCAAGAACAUUGUUAGCACCUACGGCUUCGAUGGUGUGCGCAUCGACACCGUCAAGCACAUUCGCAAGGACUUCUGGCCCGACUUUGCCAGCUCUGCCGGCGUCUUCACCAUCGGCGAGGUCUUGAGCGAUAACGUCACCUAUGCUGCCGACUACACCGAGGUCCUUGAUGCCAUUCUCGACUAUCCGACCUACUUCGCCCUCGUCAACGCCUUCACCAACACCAGCGGUGAUCUCUCUGCCCUCCAGAACACCGUCACCGAGGCGCAGGACAAGUAUAAGAACGGCGAGCUGAUGACCGGCUCGUUCAGCGAGAACCACGACUACGCGCGUCUGGCGAGCAAGACCUCGGACAAGUCGCUAAUUCAGAAUGCGAUUGCAUUCAACUACAUUCACGACGGUAUUCCCAUCACCUACUACGGCCAAGAGCAGGGCUAUACGGGUGGUGACGAGCCGGCCAACCGCGAAGCUCUUUGGCUCUCCGGCUACCCGACCGACAACGCCUUCUACAAGGGCAUCGUCGCGCUCAACGCCGCGCGCAAGUCCGCCAUGAACGCCGGCACCAACUUCCUCACCACCAAGCUCGCCUUCCAGUCGCAGUCCGACAUCGGCGCGAUGGCCGUGUCCAAGCCGCCCCUCCUCGGCUUCUUCACGAACACCGGCAGCAGCGGCUCGGCGUCGUGGUCUGUUGACGGCGCGUACGACGCGAACGAAGAGCUCGUGGACGUGCUCAGCUGCAACACCGUCACCGCGGACGGCAGCGGGAAGGUCACGGCGACGUCGAGUGGGGGGAUGCCGCAGGUGCUCAUCCCGACGAAGUACUUGAGCUCGGAUGCGGGUGUGUGUCAGGACCAGGCCGGUGGCGCCAUGAGCAUGCGCGUUUCUGCCAUGGCGGGUCUCGCCGCGCUCGUCGCGUUCGUUGUCACCGCGCUAUAAUCGCCUCGGCGGUAGCUCCUUCGCCCUCGAUGGUGAAUCUCUCGCGCGACGGUAGAUCCUGCUUUGACUCUCUACUGGGAUCUCAUGUGGUCGUUAUGGACUCAUUUAAACACCUACUAUCCUUAUUUACACCCUGGACAUUGAGGUUGAAGGUACUGUACUCUUACUCUUAGUAUAUUGCUGAUACUGGUGUACACAAUUCGACCUUACGGACUACUGGCCUCUAGAUAUCGGGCUUGUUUGGUAGUAAUCAAUGGCAGGGUCCCUCUAAUAGAAUGUGCUCGCUGUGGUUUUGA